UUUCAGUGUUUUCAGACGUUUUCAGCAGCCAUAUGAGGAAAACCCAAACGAUACCAUAGGAGACUUUUAUUCAGGAAAGAAAACAUUGAGGAUAAAAAACAACUGCUGUGUGAACUCUGAAAGAAGGAGAAAAUAAAAUACAGGAGGAGUCCGCCGUGGAAAACACUCGUCCUGAAGUGCCGUUCCAAAGGCUUUACUUCGCCCUCAACGGCACUGAUACGGAGGCUCCUUCCGCUCACGCCCAACUUGGCAAAUUACCAUGGAGGAACGGGAGGAAGGAGAGAUAUCGGACGGAAAUGAAGACAGUUUUGGUGUAUCCUACAAGCCAGUGGUGAGACCUGACUCCUCCCUGUACAGGCCUGUGGGACGCCAUGUGCCAUCUAGUGAUGAGGAGUACUCAACAGACUCAGACUCAGAUUCUCCUUUCGCAGCCAAGCGUAAACGACCAAAUGUUAGUAAAAUGGACACUGGAGGUCCAGAGAGCCGUGGCCCCCAUGCCUUGACAGAAGACAGUGGUGGGACACAGGAGGGUCGACCCAUUGCUAAAGCUAGACGACGCAACAACAUCUGGUCCACAGUUAUGGAGGAACAGGUUUUGGCACAAGAAAUAGGAGGCUUUGGAUUAAAGCGUCGCCUGGAUCGUGGUGAUCGCAGCGUUGAAAGCUAUGACUAUCUCCAGGCACGCAAACUGCACCAUCCCCAGGAUCGCCAUUACUCAGAGGAUGACAGCCAUAGUGAGGAAGAAGAGGAGGAUAUAGAGACUAAAAACAAAAGGAUGAGUAGAAAGCGUAAUGUGAAGGAAAGACUUAGCCAUCGGAAGCCAAAGACAAAAAGUGGGAAGAGGGAACUGAUUGAUGUGGACGUGAGCGACUCAAUGCCUGACAAGGAUGUGGGCCUGGCCAUUGCUGACGGGCUCAUGGAGAGGAAGCCAGAACUUAUAGUUAAUGUGGUGGAAGUUCUUGGUCGGGAGAAGGCACUAGAUCUGUACAAGAAAACUCAAGAAGUGGAGAGGGAUGGAGGCAUGAUGGUGCUGAAUGGAUCGAGGAGAAGGACAUCUGGAGGUGUAUACCUGCAACUGCUGAAGUGUCUGCCAACACUUGAACAAGCAGAUUUUCUGAAGAUCUUCCCUCAAGAGGAUUCCGGCUCUUUACAACAGUGGAGGAAACGCAAGAGAGCUCACCGCAAGCGAGAGAGACAUGAGUCUAAGCCACAGGGAGAAACUGUCAGUGAGGAGGGUCUUCAUCUAGGAGAGCUGUUUUCUGAUGACCCUGGAGGAGCUAAGUGUCCUGGAUCCACUCCUGUCACAUCCCCCCAGCCUUCAGAUACUGAGGAUCAGGAACUUUCUGGCUCACUGAUAAAUCAGUUAUCACCAUCCAAGGGACAGGACGUCACACCAUCAUCACCUUCCAAACCGUCUCAAACCACUGCAGAUUCUUGUAAGACCCCAGAUCAUCCCCUUGAUUCCUAUAAUGGUGGUUUCCUCAACAUAGAAGCAAACCCAGAAGAAAUAAGUAAAGAAGGAGGAGAGAGGAGAAGUCAGAGUGCUGAGAUAGCAUAUGAUGAUGACUUUCUUAACAUUCAUGGAAAUGAGGAAAUGGAGCUGUUUUGAUACUCUCAGUAUUGCACACAUAUGUAGGUAAGAUACAACCCUUGAUUGCUGAACCUUGUGCUGAGGUGAGGUAAGCAAUUUUAGGGUUAGUUUUGAUAACACAGCCUCAGAUCCAAAUACCAUGGGAAUUAUAUAUAUAUAUAUAUAUAUAUAUAUAUAUAUAUAUAUAUAUAUAUAUAUAUAUAUAUAUAUAUAUAUAUAUAUAUAUAUAUAUAUAUAUAAUAUAUAUAAUAUAUAUAUGCCCAUGAAAAGUUGCAGAAACAACAGUAGCACCAAACUCCAAGCAGUAGUCAAGCAAUGCAUUGAAUGGUGUUCAAGGUGACAGUUCCCAGCCAAAAAGUGGGUACAACAGGCCUUAGUCUUCCUCCACAGCCAGUGGUUGUAAGUUGUGGUGAGUCAAAUCCUAAAACAACACCACUCAGGGGUUGAUUUGGGACAAAGACAGCCAUUCAACAACAAUAAUAACCCAAAUCCAAUUGUAGUUUUCUUGUUUUUUAUGCAUGCUGCUCCCCUCACUUCAGCACUGGGAAGCACAAUUUUAUGUACACUUUGUCAUCAUUUAUGAUUAUCAUAUUGAUAACUACAAUUCUCAAUCUAUAUUAGAAAUGUGCCCUUAUUGUGUAUGCUCUCAUUUUUCUUCAAUAACCAUUCCCUCCUUCCAUUCCUUAUGACCAGGAGCCUUUAUCAUUAGAAAUUCUUUGCUAUUUCAGUUUUUGUAUUUGUUGUUUGUAAUUAGUGAAAAGACCAUAAAUUUUUUCUGUAUGUUUGUGACAUAUAAAAUAUAUACAGGUUUAAACUGAGUCAAGAGCAACCAAGGGCAGGGCAGUGGUUAGUUGAAUUGUAUACCCUUAAACACAAUCUUAGGACAGUAAUGUCAUGUACAGGAAAUGCCUGUUAAUCUAAAUUCCACUGGUCUGAAAUUUUGAAAGCAGGAAGUUAUACUCUGAAAAAGCAGCUGUCUGAAAUUUAUAAAUAAAAGAAAAGAAAGU